AUGAAGUUAGUUUCCUCUCUUUUAAACAAUCCAGCAAAACUUACAUAACAGAGUAGAAAAAGAAGUAAAAAAAAAAAUUAAAAUUUGCGAUUGGCGUGCAAAAUUUCUUUUUGAAUGUGUACGAUAGAGCGCAAAUGGUGUUUAUUCGGUAAAAUAAAGUUUAUUUUUAUUUUUCUAUUUUCUGUUUUCAAAAUGCCGACAAUUUAAGGUUUUUCUGCCAAAUUAGGCGAAAAAAAAAUAAAUUUUCGAAUAAACUAACCAAAAAUAUAACCUUAUUUUUAUUCGCUCAAAAAUUCCUCUUUCUUUUUUUCAGCAAACUUUCAAACUUGUUUUUUUUUCGUUUUGUGAUCCUUGUUGAAAGUUUAUGAUCACUUAGCAAAAUUCAAGAAAUGUUAGAAAAGAAACCAAUAAUUUGAGUUUUUAUGAGUGAAAGUCUGAAAAAUUUCUUGUUCAAUUUCGAGAAAUUAUCUGAAAGUGCAGUUUCAGGUCGUCGGUUCGUAUGUUCUACGAUGAGACGAAUUUUGCUGACCGCAAACCGGUACGUUUUCGUUUCUCUUUAUUUUUCUUGCCUUCUUUAUUUUUGCAAAUUUUCAAGCUUCCGAUACAGAUUUAUUGCACUGUAAGGUUGUUAAAAGAAGGUUGUUUGGCGGAAAAUGCGGAUGUUACUUGUCGGGCCAAGAUAAAUGGAGGCCUCAUUCACAUUUGUUGUAAAACAUUGCGUCGGCUGUCCUCGCAAAGGCCAAUGAUUUCUUCAGAGUCUGGGGGAAGAAGUUGGAAAUCUGGUGGAAAAUAUUAAUUUGAAGCUGCUGCGAGUCAACGAAUUUGAAUAAUUUUGAAAAUUUGCAUUAAUUUGAGGGUCCGCAGGCAAUUAGGCUAAGGUCUUCCUUAGGUCAAUCUCCAGACAAUCACGCUCUCUUCAAAGUUUCCUCAGGAAAAUCGUUCAGACAGAUUUUUCUGCCCUUUUUCUUUCAAAUUCAAGUCCAGGAAGUGGUUUUUUGAAUUAUAUGGAAAUUUUAUCUGACAGUUGAGUGAUGUAUUCUUAUCCAUGCCAAUUUAGCUUUGCAAACUUGAAUCAAAUUUUUCUAAAAACAACAAUUUUUCUUCAAAAAAAUUUUUAAAGAUCCAACUUUGAAACGAUGUUUCUUACAGUGAUUUCCUUUUCCGAAAAAAAUAUUGGUUUUUUUUUAUUUUGAUUAUUUAAUAGAGUAUUAGUAAAAAAAUGGAAGCUUAUAUGUACUAAACUUGAAGCAAACAUUUAUCCCUCUAUUUUAAAAUUUUUUUUUGAAAAUUCACAUUUUUAAACUUGAAAGUUGAGUUUCGAUUUCUCUGGAUCGACCUCUUCAAUACAUCAUUUUUUUCUUCAAAAAAACAGAAAUCCUGAGUUUCCAUAAUUUUUAUCCAUUUUUUUCAAUUAUAAUUCCGAUAAUUUUCCCAUGACUUGAUGGAAAACUAAAAUGGCAACGACUUAUUUUUCUCAAUUUUCCCAGCUUUCUUAACCGAAAAAUACGACUGAUUUGAACAGCCCGAGGCAAUUUUGCAACCCGUGUUUUGCGGGAAUUUCUGGACCCGACUGACGAAAAUGUAUAAACAAAGAAAAGCUGGCGGGAAAAGAAAAGAAAAACCUUUUUUCCUGCAAGAUCCACCUGAAAACUUUGUGUUUCCUUCCCAUCUUGCCUCCACUAAAAACAACGAGUUUUCUCAGUACAUCCCUCGUUUCACGAUAAUUUUAUUAAACUUUCCCUCUUCUUCCCUUGUUUUUUCCCGUUUCCCAUCAACUUGAAGCCGAAGAAAACCCUUUUGCGCCUUUUUGAAGUCCUCGAGAAAAGUGCAAAACUUUAAAGUUUAAACAAUUUUCCGAUAGAUUGACUCCGAAAAUGUUGCACUUUCCGAGGUUUCCGGCUUGCGUGUCACGUUUCAAACUUCUCACCUUCGCUUUUUGGGUGUCGCGUUUUCCAGUGGACGAAUAUUUUUUCAUAUUAACUCCUCACCCUUCUUACUGUUGUAAUGCAUUGAAUUGCAAGGUUAUUUUUUUCAAGUUCCCGAAGUUUGGCCUCUAUUUGGAAAGCUCUUGUUGCAUCUUUUUUUAUUUUGUUUACAAAAAGUUGUUUUAAAAUUUUUCCUGCAAGACUUGAAUGCUCGAGAAAUAUUGGCUGACUUAAGGAAAAAUUGAAAAUUAAUUUUCGCUUUCAAAUUCUCAUAGUGUAAAUCAGUGCACGCACCUUCAAAAAAAAAUUUUUUAAACAGAUUUUUGAAAAUAAUUUGCCCUUCUCUAUGAAGUUUCUCAUUCUGUAUUCAUUGGGUUCUUGAUAGUAUAAUAGUUCAUGUUCUAUUCAUGUUUUAAUUUUGGUCUCAAUUUGCGUUUAUCCCUUAUGAUUUAUUCAUGUAAUCAUCGAGUGCGCCCCAACGAACCAUAUGUCAACUUUAAAGUGAGAAACUAGACUAUCUCGAACCUCGGUAAGGCAAACUGGACGCGCUUUGGACGUUUUUAGCGCUCUAGUGAUCCCUUUAGUGACGUCAUUACGUUUAAGGGAUCCCUAGAACUGUUCGGAAACUCCCGAAGUUGCGUAACCGAAACAGUUUAUUCACCACUCAGUAGAGCCAAAUUUUCACACAGCCAGUAGAAAUUGACAAAAAUCGUCUUUCUGAGAAAGGUUUGAAGUUUUCAUUCCUGAAUUGAAUUUUUAAAAAAAUGGGCGAAUUUUAAUGAAUGGGGUUAGUUCCCAAAGACCAACUUUCCGUUGGAAAUGGUUCCUUUUUAUACUUUCCGUUGAAGUUUAGCAUUUUUUCAAUUUUAAUAGUUUAAUCAUAACUCAGGUUACAUAUAGGAUUUUUAAAGUUUCAGUUUGAAAACAUAAAAAAAAUUGCUUCAAUUAUUUUCCUAGACUUCUGAAGUGAAUUAUCAUUCCAAUGAUUAAUCAUUCCAUUUCAAACAAUUAUCUCAUUGACCUUAUCAGCUCUAUCCAAUUAAUUUGUUUUCGAAUCUCUUCUCCUUUUUUUUCAACUUCCUCAAUACUUUCAUGUUUCUCUCUUUUCUUCGUACCAAAUAGAAGGAAAAAAGCGAGCUCAAUUGGCCGCAGAUCCGUUGCUUUCCGCCGGCGUUUCCGUCUCCCGCAACUCUCCCGCGGCGACAAAUGGCAAAACGACCGGUAGAGCAUAAAUCACGAGCACCUGAAAGAGCCCCGGAACAGAUAAAAGUGUGCUUCGGGAAAGCUCUUGUGCUCAGGAAAUCGUUUGGUUGACAAGAAGUUUGGUACUUUUUAGUGGUUUUUGAAAAGAGUCAUUUUCUUACUGGCAGCUUUCAAUUUUCACUUUAUUUUUCCUGAACAUUAGGGUUUAUCUUAUCUAGGGUUUUAGAAAGUUGUGAGAAAAAAAAUAUCUGUAUUUUAGCCCAAUGAAUUAAAAAACAAAGAAAAAAUAUUUUUCUGAUCAACGGCUCAAGUUCUCAUGUACAUUCACGGUACCAGGAAACUUGUAAAUUAAAAUAUAAUUGCGAAAAAGUUUAUUUUCGAAUACUUCGUUUUCAAAUUAGUAUGCAAAGGAGCCAGAAAAAUCUUCGCCAUUGCUUUUCGUCAUUCUCAUUCUCCACGGUAAUGGCCCUCCACGAAAAGCUUCUUUUUUUUCGGCCAGAUGAUUAUUUGAACGGAGAGACGACAUGACUAUGAAUGGCAUAUUUUUUGGCCUCUUUUAUUCGGCCCUUGGGUCGGUCCAUUUUUCGAGAGGAGUUUUGUCUUGGUCGAGUGGGCGGAGCUUCGUGCAGCUCUUUUUGUUCUGAUUCUCUGUUUGGAUUGGAGUAAACGAGGAAGUUUUUUUUACGGAUUCCGUUUGAAGGUGCAUAAAAUUACCUUUUUUUGAAAUUUGUAUUGAAACUUUGUAGCUUGAAAUUUCUAAUUUUCGGAUUUUUUUUUCCAAUUGUACCUCCUUUUUUCUGUUCAUUCAUCUUUUUUAUUGGUUUUUUUUCAUCUAAAUGUUUAAAACUGAUCAAAAUUCAGCAUUCAACUUUUUUUCUCCUUGCUUUUUUCGAUUGAUUUCCACCUUUUUAAGAGCUUUUUUGAAACAUUUGAUCGAGUUUUCCAAUUUUUUUUUUGUUACUGUUGAUUUAUUGUCUUUUCCAAUGCUUUCUGAUAUUCAUUACCACAUCCGAAAUCUUAAAACCAAACAAAAACUUUGCGAAAGCAGCCCAAAUCGAGCUACUCUGUCGAAAAAAAAAAUAAAUAGAGGAAGCGACCACAAAUAUUUUCUUCAACAACUGAAAGUAAACUAUCGAAAAGAGAAAAGAUGUGUUUUUCCUUGAAUGAAAACGACGUCUUUUCUUCUUCCUUUGUUGGAGAAAAUAUCAAAUUGCCCCGGCGGCGAACUCUUUGAUGAGCCGUGGAAUCUUCCACAUUGAUUAGCCGCCGGCCUGAUAUCCGAUACCCACAGGUCUCAUCCUCCUCCUGCCCACCAGACGCCCAGUCUUUUGUUCCCUCAAACGCCGUUCCGUCCACUCUUUUCAACACUAAUAGCUUUCCUUCCCUUCUCCUCCAACUUUUCAAUUUAACGAUAAAAAGAGCAAAAUUAUCAACUUUCCGGGAUCACUGCGCGGACAAAGUCCAAAACGGUCCCGAAAAGAAGAUUUUAGACCUUCUUUUUAAGUUAUCAAAAAGGUAUCAGAAGUAUCUCGGAAACUCUUUUAUCCCGUCUCUUACUUUUUUUUCUCUCAAAAAGGUUCUUUAAAAAAAGUCAAGAGAAAAGGAUCUUGUAAGGCCGUUUAUAAGCCUUUUUUCAAACGUUCUCUUUGGGUGUUUCUGGACUUUUGCCCGUGUGAGGGUCUCUACCGACCAAAAAUUAUCAUCUUUUUGAGUUAAAUUCUUGUAACUUUGUAGUUUUUUGUAGUUUUACAGUUCAACAUGCGCUUUUAUAGCUUGCCAAAACUUUUUGAAUAAUUCAAAAAUCAUCAAAAUGAAGAUGAGAAGUGUAGCCGGUCAUUUUGUGAUUUGUACAAAGUUUGGUUUACUUUUUUAUCGGGCCCGAAAUUCCGGUUGUCUUUUUCAAGCAUGGUUGAACUUUGAUUUUUCUUUCAACCCAAACAGUUUUAAUAUCUUUUCUGUGAAUUACAAAUUUUUUGAGAAAAAUCCAUAUCACCCCAAAAUAAAAAUAUCUGUUCUAAAAAAAUUUUUAAGCUCAUUUUUCGAUUUCUUUCGAACGGAUUUGCUCAUUUUUUUAAACCCACCUUAGAAUUUUCUAAGCUUCAAUUUCAAAAAGCGACCCAAAAAGAAAAAGUCAAACUUAGAACCUUCUAAAAAAACCCGGAGCUUUUCGAAGAAAUUUAAGCUUUUUCAGUUUUUUUCUUUGAAAUCCACAGAAAAAUAAUAAUCACAGUUCAGAAAGAAAUUCUGUCAUGAAAAAAACGGCAUAAAUAUUAGUGAGAUGGUUCUGAAAAGCGCCUUUUAAUUUAAUUAAAAGCUUCUUCGGUCUGUUUGCUCUGGCUGCAAACCAAAAGAUCGUCGAUCUACUUUUUCAGCACGCUUCUUUUUUGGAAGACUAAUGGGUCCAGUAUGAUUUUGGGGAUGAAAACUUGUAGCUCCAUCGGAUAUCUUCUUUAAUCUAAAGUGUUCUUCCGGAUUUUCUUAAGAUAAGAUCAUUUUGAAUAUAUUUUAGAUGAAUUUUUGAAGAUUGAAAAUUUGGUUUAACUUCUAUUUCUUUCGAAAACGUUAUUUUUAAAAAAUAAGCUUGAACGAAAUUAAUUACUCAUGGGAAUGGAAAUUAGAUAAAAAAAUUAAUUUCUGUGGGAAAUGCUAGUUUUCCACGAAUUUUCCUGUCUCAAUCAUGAAAAUUAUUUCGGCGAAUUUUUAUUUUUCCAGUGUUCAUUUUUGAAAAGGCCACUUGAUAUUCACAGUUUUUUUAAAAUAAUUUCACGCUAAAACUAUGAUUUAAAGACCUCUUUAAAUAUUAAAUUUCACAUCAUAUUCAUAAAAGAAUAGUCUUUUCAAAUUUCUUCAAUAGCUAUGCAAAGACGUAGACAUCCUGCAUGACCAAAAUAAAACUUGAAAUGGCUGAUCGCCUUGAGACCUUUUUCGAAAAAUGUUUAUGUUCCUUUAAAAAUUCAAAUAACGUUUUCAAUGGUACUGUAGCCUUUUUUAACUCCAAAAAUAAUUGACCUUGGUGAGGCUCUUCUAAAUUGUCAUAGAAUUCGAAAAAAAAGCCAGAUUCAGAAAUUUGUCGUCUCGUGGCUCAAGUUAAGCCAACAUUUGUUCAUUGUUGAUUGAUCGGGAACCGCCAAGUGUACGAAAAAAGAGAGAUUCCUCCGAGGAUUGGGGCCGAUUUUCCGGAUAAAUUCGCGUUGUUUUCAAGCCGAGACUGAGUGGCGGUAAUCGAAUCUCGGCGUUGGUCCUGAACCAAAUAAAAAAAGUAGAUUGCUCCCAUCCGGUCAGACUGUGGGAGGCCAAAAAAUGAAUUUGAAAGGAAGAAAAAGAAAAUAUUGGUUUCGGUGAGAUUUGACGAAAAAUUGACGUGGCAGAUGUGUGUAAUGCUGUCAAAACAGCCACGUCGCCGUUCGCCUUCUGCUCAAAAACCUCGUUUUGCCACACCUUUUUUACUUUUUUUCUGGUUCUCAAGACGUUGAUUGAUAUAUUUUUUGGUUUUCUGAGGAUCAUUAACAAACCCUUGGACCAUGGCUUCUUUUUGAAUAAUUCUUUUAGGCUUUAAAAGUAUGAUCGAAGAUUUUUCCAUGAUUUCUUUGUGGCUUUUUGAGCAGUUUUCUGCCUAAAAACUUUAGAAUCUGUAUAAAUUUGUAUUUCAAUUAUUUUGCUUUUAUUUUCCCUACUUUGGGUCUCACUUUUUGGUUUGGUUGAACGUUCUGAACGGAGCUUUCCGAGGCGCAUUAACAUAUCUGACAACUUUCAGCCGCUCUACUAAAGAGGACUUUUUAAUCUUGAAGGAUUGCUUUCUUAAAAAAAUCCAAAUCUUCUAGUUUCAUUCUUUCAACUAAGUUUAAAGCUUUGAUUUUUUUGUUCAAAGAUUUAAUUUUUUUUCAGAAUAGUUCUUUUUGGAUUUGAGGAGAAAAAAGCUACCAGAAGUUAUCCACUUCUGCGCUCCACUGAUAAUAAACGUAACAUGGAAAAUCCAUUCUAUUAUAAAUUAAAGCUUUGAAUAAAGUUUUAAUGAAUUUCAGUUAUAUUUCCUUGUCCGAUGAUGAUUAACUGCUGUUUCGAAUUGAAAAGAUUCAAGUUCAAUUUUCCUUUUACUUUUUCAUUUUCCAAGCUUUUUUUCUGAACACAUUCUCUCACGAAUAAACGAAAUCGAAAAAAAAAUAAUAUUUAGAAAAUAUGCAUCUGGUGGCUUUUAAUAGGAUGUUUUUUUGCCGGCCCUCGUUUAAUCGGUGGAUUAUUUUCAGUGUCAAAUUUGCAUUAGAUUUCUGGCUUUUUUCGACACGCGAGAUCUGAUCUUUCCAUUCAUUUUCUUUAUUUCGAACCUUUUUAAGAAGUGAAAAUGGCUGGGAAAGCCCAACUUUUUUGUGGAUUCCUGCUGAAAGCCCCUUAUCCCCAUCUCUGUCCGCAGUUAAGAAUGCCUAUAAACGGGCUUGCGUCAGCGAGAAGACGAAACUCCAUAAAAGGGAAUGACGACGUUUUGCAUUCUCAAGGCCUUUUUGAACACAAAAAAAAGGCUCGAAAGUCAUUUUGGAAAGUUGAAACAAGGGAUCUGUAUACAAAUGAGCGACGACGUUUGGCUGAGAGAAAGCCGCGUUCUUUCCGUCCAAACCUAAUUUAUCUGCCGACCUCGGGUCGCUUCCUUCAUUCCUUCUGCACCACACAAAAAAUCUCUGAUUUAUGUAACUUAAUUUAAAUUUUCCUUCCGUCGUUUUUUUUCAGGCUAACUACCUCUUUAAUUUGAUUUAUGUCUCUUUUGUGAGAAGCGGUUCCGCGAUUUUUUUUUAAAUUUUUUUUUUCGUCUGUUUGGGAUGGUCGAAAGAAGAAGUAAAGAAAAAAACCACAUUUUUUUCGUUUUGGGUAUCUUUUGAUUUUUUUCCUAACAUUUGAUUCUCUUUUUAAAGAAGAUUCCUUUGUUUGACACUAUCAUUUGAUUUUUUUGAUUUGUUUGAAAAAUCAAUUCAGAUUUGAUGUAAAAAGUUUCGGGAAGUCCCAAAAAAUUAAGUUUGAUAAAAGCUAUUUAUUUUAAGAUUUCAUUAACUAAUCUUUAAAUUUAUCUUUUUCAAGGGUUUGUAAGUGUCUACUGCUCUUGACCAGUUCAUCAUUUUUUUCUAAAAUCUUCACUGAUUAGCUAUGGAGCGCACAUGGCGAGUCUUUAAUGGCUUCUUGCUUCUGAAGCGUUUUUUUUCUUUCUUGGAAUGAACUUUCAUCGUGAAAACUAACCAGAAGGCGUGACUGCUAAGCUUUUAUUUUAUUUUUGUCAUUUCUGGCUUCUCAAAGUUCCAAGCUUCAUGCCCAAAACAGGCCAAGACAAGCCCGAAAAUCCGACGAAAAGAGUCGAGGCCUGGAAGAAGAACAAUUACUGGGUCUUCGAGGCCAAUCAUCCGUCCGUUCUUCAUUCUCGCCGCCCUUCCAACCUUUUCUCCUCAUCUGAAUUCCCACAUCGAGCAAAUCGUCAGGUCGCAGGAAACACUUGUUAUUCCCAUUUCGCGGCUCCGUCCGAUUGUUCCAGCCUCUGCUCUUGACACUUUUUUUUUCCUCCAUUUUCCUUCUUUUUGUUUCUGGCCACGGCUGGUCUGAAGUUGUUCAUGUCACGGAAAGGGCAUUUCGAGUACUUUGGAGGGUACAAAAUGGAAAAAUGAUGUGGGAAAAAAAAAAGAGAUGCGGACAGUUCCUUUGAAAGCUUUCGACAUGUGCGCUCCACAGCUAAUCAGUCUAGUGACCACUUAAGUAGCGUCAACGAAACUUUACUUCAACGGGACCUAACCUCGGACUUUGGUAACGCGAAACAGACGUGCUCCGGACGUUUCUGGGCGAUUCUAGGGAUCACUUAAGAGCGCUGACGCUACUAAGGUGGUCACUAGAUUGAUUAGCUGUGGAGCGCACAUGUCGAAAUCGGAUUGAGUUCAUUAGAGCUCAUUUGCACGAUCUGGCAAAAAAAGCCUCUCCAAAAACCAGAUCAUUCCAAGCCUUCUAAAUAGAGAUAUAAUUUCAAAGGGACGUUGAAAAAUUUUCACACAUUGAUCUGGCUUGCUUGCUCACUGGAAGGUCAUUCCACUUCGUCGUUGGGAAUUUUUGAAAAACUGGCCAGAACACUCCUUGAUGUACCAUAAAGGUAUUCUGAACCUGCAAAAAUCUCUAAUUUUGAGAAGUGAGGGCUCAAAGUCUCCAAAUGGACUGUUUUCACGGGCUUUGAAGGUUUCCUUUGACUUUGCUGUGACUUUUUUUUUUUCGAAAACGAGGGUAUUUCGCAGGAUUAGGCUUUCACGAUCUUCAUCUGGAAAAUCAAAGAGGUUUCGGACCAAGUUUCGGAAAAUCCACAAAAUAAAAUGACCCAGCUAAAAACUGUCAAGUAUCUCAAAGGAGAUAAAUUUGUUUCUUGAUGAAGAGAAGAAGGUGAAUAGUGAAAAUGUGAAAAACUUUGUGGGUAUAUUUUAAAGUAUUUGCUCCAGCGAACUAUAUUUUUUUAGUGAAUUUACUAAAAAAAUGAGAAGCCGUGUCUUUUUGAAGUUCUUUCGUAUUGUCCCAAAAUGGAAACAGACCUUAAUUUUUUUCACUUCUUAAUUUUUUCCCUCUCAUUAUCCGGAAAAUUGUAGCUGCCGCUAGAGUCGAAAUUGUAUUAAGAGCGAAAAAGAUAACGAAAAAAAUAGGAUUUUUUUAAGAGUUUUUAAUCUUCUGAACGCUACCAAAUAAAACUGAUGAGAUGAGUAAUGAGAAAUGAAGAGGUUUUUUUCUUCCUUUUUUUUAAAAAACGUUUUUGUCACCAACUAAUCCCGUCCCGCGUGUCAAUGAUGGACGCAAAACGUCCAUUGGGACCACCUUUUUUUCCUUCAUUUUCUCAAGUUUUCUCGCUUUUUCUUUUCUCUUUAUUCGAUGGAGUUUAGGAUAAGAUAUCUCAACAAAAAUGAUUAGAAAAAAAUAGGAAAAAUAGGGAAAAUAGGGAUUGAAGGGGAUCAUGGAAUGAUCAACUUCGAAGUCGGUCUUUGACUAGAAUUUAAAGUUUUUGUGAAUAUUAGGUUUGAAUUUAAAAAUUUGAGCGAAGAAGAAACAGGUAUUAUUUCUAGUUACAAGGAGGUAAGUUUAUUUUGUGAUUUUUUUGAGAAAAGAUUCUUCAAAGUCUAAGAAAAUCAUCAAAAACUCGUUGAAUAGACUAUUUUAUAUUUUUGAGCUCAAUUUCUUGAAAAUUAUGGAAUUGUAAAGGUUGAGAUCUUCAGGAACUUUAUCUUAAUACUUCCUGGAUAAUUAGUAAAAAAAUAAUUUUGAUUUGAUUUGAACUAAAGUUUAUUUCAAUUUCUGCUAAUAAUUUCUAAUUUUAUUGUAUACAAAAACUUCUAUCCUUUUAAAAAAUGAAAUGUUGCCAAAUCUCAAAAAUCCAUUCGCCCUGCUUCAAUUUCGGAGUUAUUUCUUCUGGUCGACGUCUUUGAUAUCACGGAAAAGAAAGCCAAACUGAGAAAUUCUAGCGGCACCGAGAACAAUAAUAGCGGCACCGGGGCGAACGAGGUUUUUGACGACGUCUUUUCUUUUCCCGAAUUUCCCCGUCUUUCGAGGGCUCUUCGGCUCAUUUGCAUGCAGAUUUUCGCGUCGUCCUUCGAUUCCUGUUGGACCGAGAACUUUUUUUGGAGUUUCUGAAUCAUUUCAUGCUCAGAAAGUCGAUAUGAUUAGAGAUAGGCCGAAAAUAUUGUAAUUAUAGUUUGGCUGACUGAGAAAAUGUUUAGUGACCACUAUAGAGGCUCACCGAGGACUUCUUGGAGAGAACACUAAAGUGGCCACUAAACUCACCUCUAUAGUAGCCACUAUUUUCCGUUUUAGUGGUCACUAUAGAAGUUCUCUAUUUAGUGGCAACUUCAGUAGUUUUUCAUAAAGUAUUCCUUCCGGUAACUUUGAUAAUUCUAAAGCAAACAGAUUGGACCAGUUAUGAUGAUCCAUUGACCCUAAAGUGACCACUAAAAUGUUUUGUGGUCUAGAAGUAGCACUCAGACCUCUAUAGUGGCUACUCAUUUUAAACCAAUUAAGUGGCCACUAAUUUUACUACUAUAGUGACCAUCAAAAAGUCAAAACCCUAUAUGGCCACUAAAAUUUUUCCCAGAAAAUCCUUGCUGAGUUUUUUGGAGUCGGAGAGGCUUUGGACCUCGUAAUAACUAUGUAAAAGAUUCUUCGCGACCUCCAGGAACUCUGUCUAUGCUCCUUUAAAAAUUCUAUCAAGGAUCCUCAACUUCAAUUUUAUGUUUCGUGAAUUAUUCCACAGUUCAGAAUUUCUUUUAUCUCCUUUUCAUAGCUACAAUCUUCUCAAAAAAUUUUUGGAAUUUCCUUAACUACGAAAACUUCAGUUUUCACAAUGAUCAACGAAGAUUUUUUCAGUCGUGGAUGGACACAGAACAACGGGUGAUCCUGAAUGUCGGCGGAAUUCGACACGAAACUUUCUCGCACGUCUUGAAGAAAAUCCCCGCCACACGACUUUCGAGGUUUCUUUUUCAAAAAUUUUAGUGACCACUUCAGGGUUUCAACCUUCUAGUGGUCACUAUAAUAGUCGAAUUAAUGGCCACUUUUCGAAUUAAUGGCCACUUAAAAGUGGCUAAAAUUCAGUGGCCUCUUAAGAGAUAAAAGUGGUACAACUACUUUAAAAAAAUAAAGAGUACUAUAGUGGCCACUGAGAGACAAAAUAAUGGCUUUUAUAGAGAUGGUUUAGUUGCCACUUUAGUGUCCCCUUAGUAGCCGGCAAGGAACCUCUUAAGCGACCACUAGAGUUUUAUUUGACAAAUUGAUGAAAACUUCCUUUUUGGAUCAAAAAUUUUGGUUAGUGCUCCUCGAAAACCGUGGAAAAUAAGCUCCUGAAAGUAUCUAGAACAAAAACACUUGCGUUUUGAUUUUAAGAAAAAUGUUGUUUUCUGAAAAACUGUAUUGAAUAUAAUUCAUUCCACAUUGUUUCAGGUUAACACCUCAGCUGGGAAAUUAUGAUCCGAUGCUCAAUGAAUAUUUUUUCGACCGGCACCCCGGCGUCUUUUCUAUGAUAUUGAACUAUUACAGAACUGGUAACCUAGAAAAAAAUAUAGAAAAAAAGGAAAAUAAGUUUUAAGGUAAAUUACACUAUCCGACAAAUGUAUGCGGUCCUUUAUUCGAGGAAGAACUCGAGUUUUGGGGUCUCGACGCGAAUCAGGUACAAAUUUGAGAUUAUUUGAAAAUGUCUCAGAAAAGUUUUCAUUCGGUUCGAAUGAUAUAAUAUUAAUCGCUUUAACGAUUUUUUUAAACGAGGAAGACUGUGGUCGCACUUGGAAUGGCUCAAAGCGGUGCGGUCGCGUUGCGAAAAUUUAAAAUUGUUUUUGAUAUUUUCGAUAGUUUUUGGCGCAAGUCGUUUUAGGUCUGACGUGUCGAGUAAUUUCAAGUUAGCGUCACCUGAGUUUUCUUUUUUUUGAAUGAAAAAAUUUGAAUUUGCAGUGUAGUUGGCACUGAUAGAUCUUUCAUAAAAAUUGAUUUUUCUGAGAUUUUUUGAAAAAUUUGGACAAUUUCCAGGUCGAACCUUGCUGCUGGAUGACCUACACGCAACACAGGGACACACAAGACACCCUGGCCGUCAUCGAAUCUUUGGAUUUGGAUGGAGAUCCCCCUACGCAGGAAGAAGUUCGUUUUUAGAAAAAUCCAGAAAAGAAGAAAAAUUCUUGAGUAGUUCAUUUUUUGAAAUGUGUUUACGUACAAAGUCGAUCAUUAUACGUUUCAAAAAGUUCUUCAUUGAAUGGGGAAGUCCGGCAAAGUUCGUUUAUCAAUUUGACAAGUCUAUGAUGUGAUGUAUGUGAAAAAAAUGAGAAGAUGAAUUAUCAAAUAAUAAAUAAAAAAAGGAAUAGCUCAGAGGUUAGAUUGGAUUUACGAUAUAUCGCGCAACCGUUUCGAGUCUUAAAAAGUUUACGGCAUAGGAGGGGACUCUCAUCAGCACUUAAAUAAUAUUUAAUUUUUGGGUCAUGGUGGAGAGAGAAGAUAUGCAGAGAUGCAGAGUUAGAUCAAAAUAGGGCAAAUGCAAUGGUAGAUAGAAAGUUUGGUAGUUGGCGUAAAUAUUAAUCAUCGUUGCGGAAUUUUUUUCAUUGAGAAUUUUAAACAUUGUUUUUUUCUUGGAAAUAGAAUUUAGUUUUAUGAAAUAUAUAUGGAGUUUUUAAAGCAAAUAUUCACAACGUUAGAUAUAGCCUUAAUAACUUCGGAGUGAGGUAAAUUAGUGAAUAAUGAGCUAAAAUCUCCUGAAUAUAUGUUAGUGUUAGCAUUAACUUUGAUAUUUUCUAUAUCUUUAAUGAUGGUUAAACUAUUAUCUACUGACCAAUAUGUUUUUGGUGUUGGUUCUAUUGUAAAUAACUUUAUUUAUAUUUCUGAAAUGGUUUUUAAUGUGUGAAAGUAAAAGUUGGAGAACAAUGGAUAUUUGUUUGAUAGAACUAUGGAAAGCCCCGCUAAUAAAUCGAAGUUUAAUUGGAUUUUUUUAUGUAAUUUAGGAAUUCCAUAAAUUUUGGGAAGGCAUUUAGAGUUAGUUUACUCGAGCUUUGAUAUAAUUAAUGAUUUCCUUCUCGAUUCAAAUAUUGACUCCGUCUACCUUUGAAUUGAGUAUCAGAAGCUUUUAUUUUGUAGAGUUAUAUGAUAAAAAGUCAUGAUUAAGUAAAAUUAAUGGUCUUCGGACUAAAAAAAUAUGUUUGAAACUCUAAGCCUAAUUCCAAUGUUUUCAAUCCCAUUACUGCUCCUUAAGAAGCUUCUUGAAAUUGAGUAAAAUUGAUUUGUUAAUAGAAAGAAAGUUCUCACCGAUCAUUUCUCCAGAUAGCGAAGAAGUUCGGCUGGGAGGAGGACUACUUCUCGGGGACGAUGUCACACUGGCAAAGACUCAAGCCGCGCGUCUGGGCCCUCUUCGACGAACCGUGGAGCUCGCAAUACGCCAGGGUACUGUACCUACCGUAGUCCGUCGGUCCUACCGUAGUCCUUUGGUCUCAGCCGAGUGUCGCUCUUGCUCUCCAACUCUUCCCAUCUGUUUUUGACGAAGCAUGCCGUUUCUCCGCCCCUCACUGUUCUCACCUGCAUGAUAAUUAGACUGUUAUCUGUUUUUUUUUCUGUGCUUCCGCCGAGGCACGCCAACCCAAGAUUUGCAGGGGAUUUCUUUCAUUUCUGUUGUUUUCAUCCUAGCGUCGACCAUGUCCUUCAUCCUCAAAACCGAUCCGUCCUUCCAGAUCCCCGACAUUGAUGGUGAGCGUUUCAUUAAACUAUCAGUGGGUAGAAAUGUUUCUGAACUAAAAUUUCCCGGUAUCCAGGCCGGUGAAUCACGUUCUUUUGAUUCAUAAAAUCAUCAAAAAACGGAUCGAAAUAGAAAAUUUUCUCAAGUAUAGUCUGUGUGCCACGAGCUGAAAUUUCACCGAACGACAAUCCGCUGUUCGGCUGCGCGCUUUCGCAAAGCGUCUUUCGAAUCUGUUGUUGCUGUUGGAGCACAUGAAAGUAGAGUACUUUAAUGAAAGAAAAAAAAAAUUAGAAGCGCGACCAAGGUUCGCAAAGGCGCGCAGCGGAACAGCGGAAUGUCGUUCCGUGAAAUUUCAAGUCGUGGUACAUAGACUAUGAAAGCUACGGAUUCCCAAACUCAGUUGAGAAAUUCCGAUUAUUUGCAGUUUUCUACUCAAUCCGCCUGGUAGAUGGAGAGACGGGCUUCAAGAACUACCACAAGACGAUCGGUACGGACAAGCCUCUGACCUCGGUCCAUCCUUACUUCUUCUACGUCGACCUCAUCUGCAACAUUUGGUUCAGCAUCGAGCUGGUGAGGAACAACGGCGGCGACCCGUUCAAAAAUGGGUUUUCAGUUUAUCCGUAGCUUUUUCUGUCCCUCGUUUCACAAGUUUGUCCGAUCGCCCCUGACGAUCAUCGACGUCGUCAGCACGGGCGCCUUCUUCUUCGAAUCCCUUCUCCACGCGAUUUUGAUCCAGACUGGUUAGUAGAACAUGAAUAUGAAACAGUGUUCAUAAACUUACCAAAAAAAUUUGAGUCUGAACUUCUCUGUAAAAUUAUCGAUUUAAAGUCAGCUUAAAGGAUGAAAUUAUAAAAAAAAUGAUAUAAAAACAAGGCACAUACAAAGUAAAUUUUAUAAGUUCGAGAAUAAAGGUUACGAUUUAGAUUAUUUAGAAUAUCUCUUCAAACCAGAAUUUCCAGGUUCGCUGGUGACCCUGGACUUUUUGUCGAUGAUCUGCGUCCUGCGUCUUUUCAAGCUCACUCAACACUUUUCCGGGCUCAAAAUUUUGAUCCAGACCUUCAAAGUGCCCAGAAAUAUCCGAAAGAAGCUAUUUUUUGAGUUCAGGCUUCUGCACAAGAACUGAUUCUGUUGGUUUUCUUCGUUUUGCUGGCCAUCGUCAUUUUCGCGGCGCUGGUUUAUUAUGCAGAGCGGAGUCAGGAUAACAAAGAGAAUCAGUUCACGUCGAUUCCUCUCGGGUUAUGGUGGUUAGUUCGAUAA